UCUUUUCAUUGUGGUACACAGGACAAAUGUCCGCAGUGGAAGUUGAUUCUAGUACUACUUUGAUUGAUUACGUUAAUGAAUCAAAUGACAUGUUGCCGCCGCCAUCGCCAACUGUUGAGACCCACGAGGAAGAAAUUGAUGGCGUUGUGACCCCUUUACCUGGUGAAGUCAGAAUAUCGAAAGCUAAUUUGAGAAGUCCUGUGUGGCUAAAUUUUGAUAAGGUAAAAGUUAAUGGAGUGGAGAAGGUUGUUUGUAUCUAUUGUAAUAAAAGACUUGCAGGGGCAUCUAAGAAUGGAACUUCCCAUUUGGGUGGUCACUAUAAGGUUUGCCCUAGAAGGAAAGUGGCUGAUUUGAGGCAAAAGGUUUUGGCCUCAAACUUCAUGAAGGGAGAGGGGAAAUAGAAACUUGAAGCUUACAUUUUUGACCAAAACUUUGCUAGGAGAGCGCUAGCUUGUAUGAUCAUAAUGCAUGAAUACCCUCUAUCCAUAGUUGACCACAUUUGGUUUAGGAAUUUUGUACAAGUCCUUCAACCUGCAUUUACUAUGGUUUCUCGCAACACCAUCAAAAGUGACAUUUUCAAAAUUUAUGAUGUUGAGACGGUGAAAACAAUGAAAGCUUUAGAGAAAAAUCAAGGUAGAGUUGCUGUGAUGACCGAUAUGUGGACAGCUAGCAAUCAGAAAAGAGGGUACAUGGUUAUCACGGCGCACUUUAUUGAUGAUUCUUGGAAUUUGCAAAGCCGCAUCCUAAGGUUUGUUUAUGUGCCAUGUCCACACAUGGCACAAGCAUUGUGUGAUGCUUUGAUGACUUUUUUGGAUUGAAAUAUUGAUAGGAAGCUUUCUACCAUUACUGUUGAUAAUUGCUCUACUAAUGAUGCGAUGGUUUCCCUUCUAUUGGAAAAUUUUGAUCCCAAUUGUUUGUGGUGGAGUGGAAGUAUGUUCCAUGUGCGAUGUGCUACUCACAUUUUGAACUUAAUUGUGAAUGAUGGGUUGGAGGUAAUUAAGGAAGCCAUUGAGAAAAUUAGAGAUAGUGUUGCAUUUUGGACUGCAACACCAAAGAGGGAGGAAAAAUUUGAAGAAACUAUCCGCCAAUUGCGCAUUCCCUUUACCAAAAAGUUGCCUCUUGACUGUGCCACAAGGUGGAACUUUACCUAUUUAAUGCUCCAAACUGCCAUAGAAUACAUGGAUGCUUUCUCUCCUUUGAAACACCGUGACACCCAAUACAAAACUGUACCAAUUGAAAAUGAUUGGAAACUUGUUGCAGAAAUAUGUGGGAGAUUGAAGGUCUUCUAUAAUGUCAUAGAGUUGUUUAGCGGGACUAGGUAUCCAAAUGCCAAUUUGUUUUUCGCCAAGAUUUGUGAGAUUAAAAUAGCAUUGUCUGAAUGAGUUUUUUGUGACAAUGUUGUGGUGCAAAAUAUGGCAUGGAAAAUGGAAGAGAAAUAUGACAAGUAUUGGCAAAAUAUUCAUGGGUGUUGCAGUAGUGUUGGAUCCAAGGUACAAGAUGACUUUGAUAGAGUACUAUUUUAGGAGGAUUUUUGGGAUUGAGGCAGAAUCGAAGAUUGAGACAGUCUUAAAACUUUGUUGUGACUUACUUGCGGAGUACCAAGAUAGAUU